AUGAUUAAAAAUGUGCAGUUCAGCACAAUCAUAUCUGGAGAUGGCGGCAAUACCAUCCAAAUUGUCAUCGCGCUUUUGGCCAGCUCUGUGGGCUUCGUUGUUGCGGUCGUCAACUCCGUGGCGGCAUACUUUCGCGACAAGAGACACAUGCAGGAGCUUGCUGCACAGGAGCGACGAUUUGAGGCGUUCAAGAAAGAGCUGGAGGACAAGCAGCGGCGGCUGGUGCGCUUCGAAAACGUGCAAGAGCUGAUGAAGCAGUACAAAAAACCGUUACUACAGUCCGCCUUCGACCUGCAGGCGCGCCUAGCUAAUCAGAUCAAGUCCAACUUUUUGUACCAGUUUGCUCGCAAGGGCAAUGACCGGGACCGGGAGUACGCGCGGCUGAACAUGGCGUACGUGGUUUCGGAGUUCCUGGGCUGGCUGGAGGUGAUCCGGCAGGAGAUCGUGUUCAUUGUGGGGGCCGGUAACCAGACCUCCAACCUGAACCUGAUCAUAGACGCCAUCAAGUUCCAGUUCACGGGUGAAACACCCGUACAAGGUAAUGGGCGGCCUGGAGAUGUGGGUGCUGAGCCCCAAUGGCAGGUGUUGCAGCUGUACGCGGGCGAGCUGAGGGCCAUUGGCGAGGUGAUGAUCACGGAGCGCUUGUGUGACGACAACCACCUGGGCUCGAACUUGUCCGUCAUCGGAUAUGCGGAGUUUGUACGGCGGCUGACAACGGAGCCCCCCACGGCUGUAGAGGAGCUUCCGGCGUGGCGGGCGAGCAAGGAGAAGCUGCAUCAGGACAUACUUUCACCUCUAUUGUCGUACAUCGACCGGUUGAUGGCAUUGGACAGCGACCUCUCACCCAAAUACCGAAUGACUAUUCUGCAGGUGCUGCUCUGCAAGCUCAUCGACGUGCUGGACGAUGCCGUACCGUACGAUAUCGGUCCGGAAUACAACUUGGAAGGCGGCGAGGAGCCCCGAUAUAUCAGCCGGGACUUCCGGCUAACCCCCUUGUGGCUCACUGACCAGCGGUUCAUGGAGCGCGUGGCGGAGGUUGACACGUCCUCCUGGGAGGACUGGUUCAACCGCUUGUGCGAUUUGCCCAGCGAGGACAAGGAGCUGUACGUGCGGGUCGCCUUUCCGGGCUUCAGGGAAGACACACACAGGGACAGGAACGGCAAGCCGCUCCCACAGUACGACAGGGAGCAGAAGCUGGGCAAGGACUCCUUCCCAGGCGCCUUCCCCCCCCGUCAGCCCCGGCAGCGGGAGCCCUGGUGGUGGGCCGCACUGAGCCCGGAGGACCACACCCGGUGGUACAGCGAGGCGCUGAUGAAGGGAUCCAAACUACCGCCGCCUAACCACCACCUGCACAGGACGGGCUCCCACCGUCGUGAGCAGAAACAGAAGGCAGCGGCCAACUGGUCGAUGGCACUGCUCCGAAGCCGGGGAGGGAAAAACACGGCGGCGGCAGCCAGCGGCGCCGUCAAACCCGAGCCGCAGCAAUUACGAAGCAGUGGCGCCAACAACUCCCCCUCAGACUCCCGGGUUAUGACCCCCCUGCAGGUCCAGGCCACCUCAGCAAGGUCGGGACUCGGGGCCUAG